AUGACUGAGAUUAUGACGCAUGGUGAAUUAGGCAUCGGCAAUGUUCACGCAUACAUCAGGUUGUUGUACGAUAAAAAAAUGCGCGAGACUGUAUUGGCAAGACGCUUCCAUUUCUUGUCUGCCCAUAUUGUCAGCGGAGCGACAAUUGUCAGGGAACCGGGUUCAGUUAGGGAGUACUUAGUGAAUCGAUACACGGCCUACGUCGGCAACCCAAAUAGCUUGUUUAUUUUGCCGUAUAACACUGUUCCAGUGGGAAAACACUGGUUGUUGUUGGCUAUCGAUCCGAUUAAAGAAGUUGUGUACUUUCUGAAUUCGGUAGACGGGGAAUGGACUAACUAUCCCGCUAUGAAGGAAACUGUUGAUCAGUAA